GCGGGGCCGGCCCGCCUUACCCAGAGUCGCCCUGCAGCGAUCGCGCGUCUUUCCAUCGAGGCCCCGGAUGUAGAGUCCCUCCCACCCGUAGAGUGGUCAUGGCCUCACAGUGACGCUAAGACUUGGGGCUCUCUCAUUGGCUGUAACUCUUCUACUGGAUUGGAAGCAAAAAAAGAGGCGGUGCACAAGGCGAACGGCGCUGUGACUACAGCCAAUCAGAAGCGAGGCCGGGCUUUGGCGGGAGGUGGGAACACUGUGGCCAUUCGAAUUUGGCGCUAGCGCGGCUGGAUUUUGCUGCUGCCGCUGUGCAGUUUUUUCAGGGGCUUGUGGUGGUGAGUCCCUGAGGCUGCGUGUGAGAGACGUGAGAAGGAUCCUGCACUGAGGAGGUGGGAAGGAGAGGAUUGCUCGAGGAGGCCUGGGGUUUGUGAGGCAACGGAGUUGCGUGAAGGCUGCGGGUUCCGGCGAGGCCCCAGCUGUGCUGCCAUCAUGCCUCAAACCCGAUCCCAGGCACAGGCUACAAUCAGUUUUCCAAAAAAGAAGCUGUCUCGGGCAUUGAACAAAACUAAAAACUCAAGUGAUGCCAAACUAGAACUGACAAAUGUUCAAGCUGUAACCUGUUCUCCUCGUGUAAAAGCCCUGCCUCUCAGCCCCAGGAAACGUCUGGGUGAUGACAACCUAUGCAACACUCCCCAUUUACCUCCUUGUUCUCCACCAAAGCAAGGCAAGAAAGAGAAUGGUCCCCCUCACUCACGUACACUUAAGGGACGAAGAUUGGUAUUUGACAAUCAGCUGACAAUUAAGUCUCCUAGCAAAAGAGAACAAGCCAAAGUUGACCAAAACGAAAUACUUUCUUCAGUUAGAAAAAGUCAAGAGAUCACAACAAAUUCUGAGCAGAGAUGCCUACUGGAGAAAGAAUCUGCAUGUGUGAGACUAUUCAAGCAAGAAGGCACUUGCUACCAGCAAGCAAAGCUGGUCCUGAACACAGCUGUCCCAGAUCGGCUGCCUGCCAGGGAAAGGGAGAUGGAUGUCAUCAGGAAUUUCCUGAGGGAACACAUCUGUGGGAAAAAAGCUGGAAGCCUUUACCUUUCUGGUGCUCCUGGAACUGGAAAAACUGCCUGCUUAAGCCGGAUUCUGCAAGACCUCAAGAAGGAACUGAAAGGCUUUAAAACUAUCAUGCUGAAUUGCAUGUCCUUGAGGAGUGCCCAGGCUGUAUUCCCAGCUAUUGCUCAGGAGAUUUGUCAGGAAGAGGUAUCCAAGCCAGCUGGGAAGGACAUGAUGAGGAAAUUAGAAAAACAUAUGACUGCAGAGAAGGGCCCCAUGAUUGUGUUGGUAUUGGAUGAGAUGGAUCAACUGGACAGCAAAGGCCAGGAUGUAUUGUACACACUAUUUGAAUGGCCAUGGCUGAGCAAUUCUCGCUUGGUGCUGAUUGGUAUUGCUAAUACCCUGGAUCUCACAGAUAGAAUUCUGCCUAGGCUUCAAGCUAGAGAAAAAUGUAAGCCACAGCUGUUGAACUUCCCACCUUAUACCAGAAAUCAGAUAGUCGCUAUUUUGCAAGAUCGACUUACUCAGGUAUCUAGAGAUCAGGUUCUGGACAAUGCUGCAAUUCAAUUCUGUGCCCGCAAAGUCUCUGCUGUUUCAGGAGAUGUUCGCAAAGCGCUAGAUGUUUGCAGAAAGGAGGACUUGUUUCUCAGUGGGGAGCUCUGGAUUUCCACCGUGUUAAUGUCUGAAACAUUAUCAGUCCAUUACCUACAGAGGGAGAAACAAAUGAGAUGUUGCUGGCACUCCCUGUGGAGAGCUAUUGAAAUUGUAGAGUCAGAUGUCAAAAGCCAGACUGUUCUCAAACCACUGUCUGAAUGUAAAUCACCUUCUGAGCCUCUGAUUCCCAAGAGGGUUGGUCUUACUCACAUAUCCCAAGUCAUGUCAGAAGUUGAUGGUAAUAGGAUGACCUUGAGCCAAGGAGCACAAGAUUCCUUCCCUCUUCAGCAGAAGAUCUUGGUCUGUUCUUUGAUGCUCUUGAUCAGGCAUUUGAAAAUCAAAGAGGUCACUCUGGGGAAGUUAUAUGAAGCCUACAGUAAAGUCUGUCGCAAACAGCAGGUGGCGGCUGUGGACCAGUCAGAGUGUUUGUCACUUUCAGGGCUUUUGGAAGCCAGGGGCAUUUUAGGAUUAAAGAGAAACAAGGAAACCCGUUUGACAAAGGUGUUUUUCAAGAUUGAAGAGAAGGAAAUAGAGCAUGCUCUGAAAGAUAAAGCUUUAAUUGGAAAUAUCUUAGCUACUGGAUUGCCUUAAAUUCUUCUCUUACACCCCACCUGAAAGUAUUCAGCUGGCAUUUAGAGAUCUACAGUCUUCAUUUUAGUGCUUUACACAUUCGGGCCUGAAAACAAAUAUGACCUUUUUUACUUGAAGCCAAUGAAUUUUAAUCUAUAGAUUCUUUAAUAUUAGCACAGAAUAGUAUCUUUGGGUCUUACUAUUUUUACCCAUAAAAGUGACCAGGUAGACCCUUUUUAAUUACAUUCACUACUUGUACCACUUGUGUAUCUCUAGUCAAUGUGCUUGCAAGUGUACAGAUCUGUGUAGUGGAAUGUGUGUAUAUUUACCUCUUUGUUUGCUUAAACAUGAGUGGGUAUUUUUUUGUUUGUUUCUUGUUUUUUGUUUUUGAGGCCGCAUCUCACCCUGUUGCCCAGGCUAGAGUGCAUUGGCGUGUUCUCUGCUCACUGCAGCAUCCGCUUCCCGGGUUGAAGCGAUUCUCUUGCCUCAGCCUCCCGAAUAGCUGGGAUUACAGGCGCCCACCACUGUGCCCAGCUAAUUUUUGUAUUUUUAGUAGAGACAGGGUUUUACCAUGUUGGCCAGGCUGGUCUUGAACUCCUGACCCUCAAGUGCUCCACCCACCUCAGCCUCCCAAAGUGCUGGGAUUACAGGCGUGAGCCACCACGCCCAGCCAUGAGUGUAUUUUGUUAAGAACUUUGAGGUUAGGGUAAGAAGAAUGAAAAUGAUCCAGAAAAAUGCAAGCAAGUCCACAUGGAGAUUUGUAGGACACUGGUUAAAGAAUUUAUUUCUUUUUGGAGUAUACUAUGUUCAUGGUGCAGAUACUAUGACAUUAUGGCAUUUUAAAGACUCACUGAGUUUCUUGGGCACUCCCAAGGGUGUUGGGGUCAUAAGGAGACUGUAACUCUACAGAUUGUGAAUAUAUUUAUUUUCAAGUUG